AUGACCGAUAUCGAUCCUCAAACAAACUCUGUCGACAUCAAUACCCUCUCCUUCAAACUACCCCCUUUUACACCGAGCAACCCCCGGGUUUGGUUUCUUCAAAUUGAGGCGGUUUUCCCAACGAGCUGCAUUACUAGCGAACGCACCCGCUACUCUUAUGUGCUGCAGAGUCUCCCCUUCGACGUUGCCGUCGAUGUUGACGACCUCCUCGACCCCAUUCCUGCCAACGACUCGUACACCCACUUGAAGAAUGCCGUCAUCCAGAGAGUGGCCAAGUCGACCAAUCGGAUGCUACGGGAGUUGUUCACACAGGUAGAACUGGGUGAUCAAACCCCUUCGCAGCUUAUGCGCCACAUGCGCUCAUUACUGGCUGGCCAUCAUAUGGACGACGACGACGACGACGACAUCUUUCGACAAAUCUGGUUGGAUGAAUUGCCAGUUCCUAUGCAGCAGGUUUUGUCUAUGCUGGACAUUAGCACCUCUCUAGACAAAGUUGCCAAUCGUGCCGACAGGAUCAGUGCUUGUUACCCAGUCGGCGCGACAUGCGACAAUAUUCAACCGACCUCUACUUCCGACAGAUCUGAUAGAGUAGCCAUUUCCUGUUCAGAAGUCACUUCUUCAUUAGAACGCGACACUUCUUGUGUUGAGCGGUCAUCCUGUCGUUGCUCAUCACGCAGAGCCAUCACGUCAUCAGGUCCAUCAAGACAGCCGAGCAGUCCUCACCGAGGCGAUUAUGACGACCUCAAAGACACUGUAGUCUUUUGUGCACACAAGUGAGCACCAUAUGCACUGUCAUAAAUAGUUUACAGUCAGCCAGAAAUCAGUCACCCUCGCGCCGUCGUUCUAUAUCACGAGAGCGCCCCUCUACAACUCUGUGCUGGUAUCAUCGGGUUUUAGGUCCGAAAGCACGCAAGUGCAUCCCUCCCUGCACAUACCUGCAGGCCUCAACACAGGGAAACGACCGCGUCAGCCAGUAACGGUGACAGCUACCGCUGGCCAGUCACGACCCAGUCGACUCUUUUAUAUCAGUGACAAAUCGAGUGAUCCCCGUUUCCUUGUCGAUACUGGUGCCGAGAUCAGUGCCAUCCCGCCUCCAAGGCGUCACCAUCUCUAG